AGGACGGAACCACGAAAGACUCCGCAAAUAGUGAAAGGACACGACUUUUGCACCGUGAAAUGCCACGUCUAGCAGGGUGUAACGGAGAGUCGGGAAUGACUCAACGUAGAUUCCUAAUCGACGUCCUGAUAGUAAUGUUUGGGAUCUCGGCGUGGGUUGGCGUCAAUGGAAUCUACGUCCAGCUCCCGUUGCUGGUGGCAACGGCUCCUGAAGGCUGGACACUGCCAGCUUACAUCGUCGUCGUAGUACAAGCCGCUAACAUUGGUCCCGUGUUCUACGCCUUAUCCCGAAAAUUCUUCCCCAGGCUCUGCAAGGAGUCAGUCUGGAUAUCCAGCCUUCUCGUUCUUGGAAGUGUAGCCAUGGGCACGCUGGCGUUUGUCUACGAAGCAAAGACCAGCAUUAACGGGACCGAACACAGCGUAGCUCUCCUAGCUCUAAUAUUUUUUACUGCCUUAGUGGGCUGCUCAAGCUCCGUCCUCUUCGUUCCAUACCUCAGAAACUUCCAGGAGAUUCACCUUGUCUCAUUUUUCGUCGGCGAGGGGCUCAGCGGCUUGCUUCCUAGUGCGGUAGCCCUCGUCCAGGGUGUUGGCGGCAACGAAGACUGUAAAUCACCCGACUUGAAGUCAACCAAUGACACCGCAUCGUCCGAUCAAGUUCCCCACUUCUCACCAAAAAUUUAUUUCCUCUUCCUCUUUGGCUUGCUAGUUGCUUCUACCUGUGCCUUCUGGAUACUCGAGUACUCCUUGGUCUCUCAAGAGAAGCGAGACCCUAGGUUAUCGAGGGUGUCCCACACACCCCCUCACAAUCGGUGUCCAUCUGACGAAAAGAUUUCCUCCGAAAUUCCGGAGUUCGAGCCCCGUACAGCCGAAGAAGUCACCGAAUCGACCAGCCUGCAAUCAGACGUGACAAUUGCCUACAGCGGUGUCGUCAGAAGUUACCUCUACGUUUUGAUCGGUCUGAUCUGCUUCGCGGGAAAUGGAUUCCUACCGGGAAUACAGUCGUAUUCCUGUCUCCCUUAUGGUAAUGUCGCCUACCACUUGACGGUCACCUUGGCUCACCUAUCGAAUCCCAUUGCGUGCGUUCUCGCUCUGUGGAUGCCUCCACCGGGUCCACGUGGCAUCUCGAAAGUCUCGGCCUUGGCAGUUAUCGCCAGCACGUAUGUCACUUGGCUGGCAUUCUCGUCGCCGACUCCACCCUGGCACGGCACCACCCUCGGCACAAUCCUCGUUGUCCUUGCCUGGAUUGCCUUGACCGGCCUCGUGACCUACGCGAAACUCUCCAUCACCGCGAUAUUCAGGCGAGAACCAGGGGCCAGCUCUCUGUUUUACGUCGGAGUCGUCACUCAGGCGGGAUCCGUUGCUGGUGCCAUAUUCUCUUUCGUUCUUACCAACUAUUCCACCCUUCUUACUUCAUACAAGUCUUGUGUUCCUUCCUCGUAACCUAAUUAUCCGGAGUGAGGAUAUUAUUUUUCUCAAGCAGUAAACGACCUGGAAGAAAAACACAUUUUGUAUAAUUGCAGUUCAUUCUGGUAUAAGACUUUAGUGAAGUAAGUGCUUUAUAUAUUUUAAUAAUUAAAUUAUAGUGUACAAUUUUUUGAGUAAGU